GCAUAUUCAAUUAACUCGAUAUAAUAUACAUUAGGGUAAUAUUUGUGUGAAAGAAUAAGAAUAUUCUGUGGAUACGUCAUAGCUGUGCUAUUUGUCAAAUAAAUUAUAUUUUACAUGGAACGCAAACAUUUCACGCAGCGCCAAUUUUGAAUGCGAGAAAAAUCGGUGAACAUCGAUACGCCUAUUUUCAAAAAAAAAAAAAAAGAAAAAACGGCAGUUGCCCAUACACCCACGAUAUAGAAUAUCAUCGCGCAGUUAUCCAAUAUCGUUUGUUUUCCAGCCGUCUCGUUUGCGCUAAUUGAGCAGCGAGAAAAAAGAACGUUGUGGAACAAGCCAAAAAAAGAAGUAACGUACGCGUUGUGCUUGGCAUUGCGACGAAGUUGUGGACAAUCGGAAAGUGUACAGGGUCAUUUCCCCUCAAAGUCAAUAUUGAGAGGUGUGCGGGGUCAAGGGAAUGUAAAAACUCACGGCGGCUUCGUUCGAAUCUAUAGAGAAAGGAGAAAGAAAAGAGCGACUGCUGAUGCUGCAGCUGUGUGUAUAUAGGGAGUAGAGGCGAUCCGGUGCAACGAGCUAUGCCGAACACUCGUGGCGCGCAGAGAGUAUUAGCAGAAGAAGCAAGGAGGAGUCCUGGAAUGCGCCGACGGCGUCUGGAUCGACGCAGCGACUCGUAGCCGACGCUGCCGAGCAGCAGCUGAGCCUUUAAGCUGGCACGUCUGCGAUUUUUUAAACAUGGGCGCCAACCAGUCAUCCAGGAGUCUGCCCACCCCCGGCGAGGAAGUGAAUUUCGACCACUUUCAAAUACUGCGGGCCAUCGGCAAGGGCAGCUUCGGCAAGGUGUGCAUAGUGCAGAAACGAGAUCGCACGGGCAACAUGUACGCGAUGAAGUACGUGCGCAAGUGCGAGUGCGCGGAGCGAGGUGCCCUCAAGAACGUCGCCAGGGAAGUCGAGAUUCUUUCCCGGCUCGAGCAUCCCUGCCUCGUCAAUUUGUGGUUCAGCUUUCAAGAUGAGGAAGAUUUGUUCAUGGUGUCAGACCUGCUACUGGGUGGAGACUUGAGAUACCACCUGCAGCAAGAUGUUCAGUUCACCGAGGAAAGCGUCAUUCUCUUCGUCGCGGAGAUAGCCCUGGCCCUGGACUACCUUCAAAAGAAUCGAAUAGUUCACCGAGACAUCAAACCGGACAACAUCUUGCUCGACGAGGAGGGCCACGCCCACGUGACAGACUUCAACAUCGCAGCGACCCUGGAAGGCGACCAGCUGGCCACUUCGAUGUCCGGCACGAAGCCCUACAUGGCGCCGGAGGUCUACAAGUGCUCUUGCGAGGAAUACGGCGUGAUGGGUUACGGCUUCGCGGUGGACUGGUGGAGUCUGGGCGUCUUAGCCUGGGAGACCCUCGAGGGAUCCCGGCCAUUCGCCGUCCACGCCUCGACGACGCACCGCGAGGCUCUGGCCCUCCUGAGCGAACGUCCGGAGCCCCAAUCCCGCUGGAGCCGAGGUUUUCGCGAGCUGGUCGAUCGACUCCUGGCCAUCGAACCUCUCGAGCGUUGUUCCUGCCUCAAGGAGCUCAAGCUCCUCUCCGCCAUGUCGAAGCUCGACUUCGAGGCUGUACUGGGCAAACGAGUGAAACCGACCUUCACACCGCCCAAGGACCAUCUCAACUGCGAUCCCACCUUCGAACUCGAGGAGAUGAUCGUGGAGACGAAGCCGCUGCACAAGAAGAAGAAGAGACUCGCCAAGCAGAGAUCUCUAAAGGCCGAGUCUCUAGCCGAGGAUCCAGUGCAGUCGAGCGAAGCGGCGACCACCGGCGAAGAGCAGCAGCGCAGAUUAGCUUUCAUACCCGAGUACCGGGUGUACAAUCGCGAACGCGAGCUCGAGCGACUUGAACGCGAGCGCAAAGAGAGACAAUGGGAGAGGGAGCUCAACACUGCCAUGAGCCAGGCUUCUACCGGCGAGGACGACCAGCAGCAGCAGCCGCAAAUUGACCCCUCGAGAUUGAGGCCAUCGAACGAGAGCCAAGAGCAGUCGGGUUCGACAACAACAACAACAGCAGCGGCAAAGUCGUCGCCGGGACGGCUAAGCGUCUCGACUGCGAGUGUAAAAGCUCGUAUAAGCGGUUCGCCGCACGUAAGUCGACGUUCGGUCGGUCCCGGCAACGACUUGGACUUCAUCGACGCCAGCCCCGAACCGUCCACUUCUUAGGACAAGUCUCGAGUUCGGACUCGUCGCAAGUUAGGACGUUGCGGAUGUCUGCCUAUCAUUUGCCCUGCGAGACCACCUGACACACCCCGUCGCGGCUGAGACAUACUUGCUGCAAGCGCGCGAAGUUUCAAACAAAAAUUUGUUUAUUGUUUGAGCGACUGAACGCGUGUAUUAGUAAUAUCGAGAGAGACAGAGAGAGUUAUAUAUAUAUACACGCAGUAAUCCGAAAACGAUCGUUUAAAUUACGCGCAGUCACGUGCGCCGCGCGAGUAAAUUAAGCUUCGUGAAAACUCGUAAUCACCGGGACGAUAAAUUUCCUCCCGCGACGCGUACGCACUCGCGAAUCCAUAUUUACGAGGGUGGAUGUAGCGGCGAGCUUGCUAAUUGAAUGAAAAUACGAAGCUCCGGUGAAUCUCUCUGUUACUUUUUUCUCUUUUAUUCUGAAGAUAAAAAUCUGGUUUGAUUGAUUUUUAUUUUUACUCGAGCGACUGAGAUGGGCGCCUGAAUUACUUAGACGUAGCUGUAUUGCGAGAGACGUGGUUGUUUUUAUAGAGUGCACAGUGGCGUUAAUUGCUCACCUUGAAUUUUACAUACGACGAUGAUGGAAAUACACUGAGGUUUUCUUCACAGCUUGAAUUUCGGUGUGUUUUCAUUGGAUAUGCUCGCGUUACGAAAAUUUAGUUUACUUGAAAGAAAAAAAAUGUAGAACAAAUUGUUCGAUAAUAAAGCGUGUAUAGCGUUUUGCUAUAAAAAAGGAACGUAUUUGUUCAAUAUUAAAGCUCCAUUUCAAAUGGUUUAUUCGAAUCAUUAUUACUCUACAUUGCAAAGCUCUAUAAGCUUUAUAACAAAUCGAAAAACAAACGCAGUCUUCUCAAAGAAAAAAAUCUAACAAAGGCUAUAUAUUACCUGUUAGUAGUGAGAACCGACGAUUAAGAUCAAAUUACCAUUGCUGUUAAAAGAAUCAUUUACUGCCUAUAUUCUGUACUAAAAAUACUGAUGGAAGCAUUGUAAAUAUCAUACGAAAUGAAAUUAUUCUCGCAUAUAAGUUUUUAUCGUACGUUUCUAUGACGAGUUUCCAAGAGUUUUGUAACAUAUUUCUUCUACUUUUAGCUCUACUUGCAUUUUUCCAACUUGACAAAUCAUUCAUAUACAUAUUUCAUCGGUAUAAGUACUUGUUAGUGAAAAGUGUUAAAGAAUUUAAUAUUAAUUAGCGAAAUGUGAUCUGUUCUACUACAUAUAGCAAACUGCAGUAAAGGCAUAAAUAAUAUAUAUUAUAAACUUAAACUUGUAAAACAUUACGGGUAGUACUGAUAUACAUUUAAGUUAGCAACCUUUUAUAAACACUCAAAGAUGUAAACCAAAUCAAUCGAUAUAUUAUAUGACAUUAAAAAAGAAAUUGUAUGAUACAGACGUGAUUGCCGUAAAAUCGUGCACUUUCGGAAAUUUUAUUAAAUUGCAUUACGGCACUGUACCAAAGUUGACAUUUUUCAGAUUUUUCAAUGCGCUACUAAUUAUUUUAAUAUUAAAAGUGAUUACGAUGCACAACUUGUUUACGGAUUGCGUUAGAUUCCGUUAUUGAUAAUACUAUAAUUAUGUAUAGAAAAGUUUACAUAUUAUAACGUUUUUUAUUGUAUAAGCAGAUUAAAAUUAAAACUACGUAGUUGAAGAAAAAUAUAAAUAACAGUUACGUACUAUAAUGCUAAAUAGGUGAGGAUAAACCCUAAAAAUCAAAAUAAUUUAUAUAGUGUAAAACGUACAGCUCAAAUCUACAAUAUCAAAAGUUUCACUGAAGAUUAAAAAGUUAGUUUAACAAAGAUGUGUCUGCGCGCUGGACACUAAAAUUAAUCGUGCAGCUGUUGCUUUUACACAAAAUUUCUAUGUAUUAAAAGCUAGUGCCUAUAGAUAGAUGUUUUACUUUCUAAAUUUAAUAUCCGAUAUUUAUAUAAGAUAAUAUUUCUAUACAGCUUUCUUACAAAACAAACGCAGCACAAGCACCUAAGAAUCUUCUUCUCAGAAGUCAAAAAAAGCGUUAUACGACGACGUUUCAUGUAAAACCGUAUAGAGGAUUCCAGCUAAAUCAACUUACCGAUUUUUCUAAUGCGAUGAAAUAGCAAUGUAGAGUAAAAAGAAAAAGCUUGUAAUACGAAUAUCUCAUACUAUUUAGAAAAAAAAUCUACGUAGCUGAACUCAAAAAAAGAAAUCGCGAAUAUAUUAUGACGACAAGAAACAUAAAUAACGGGUGCAUUGGUAAGACAAUUGUAUUAGUUUCCACGCAACUAUUUUUCACUUUAUAUAAUAUCGGUCAACGGUCAACAAUAGUGCGAUUCAAUCAUCAUGAGAUUUCCAUCGGUAUAACAAUCUUGUACUCGACGACGGUCAGUCGCCGUGACCUUUAAUGUAAAAAAAAGUAUGAGAAUUAAAAGCGAAUUCAUACGA